UAGUAAGAUGAGCUCCUACAAUCUCUACAAAGCUUGAUAACUAACACGCCUUAUUAAAAUAAACUACUCCACAUCUUACUUUGUCCCUUAGAAGAAUUAGGAUACUUUGUAUUUAAAUUGCCAUAAAAUAACAAAGCUACAACGGCAAUAUGCAUUUAUUGUUACAUAAACCUUCCCAAUUUACAAAUCAUUUGCGAUACAAGUACCAUCUUUCAUGAAAACCUAAUUUUUUAAGUCAAAUUAUACGUUUGAUACAUAUCCUACACGAUACAUUCUUUCGUCUCCCAACAAGUACUAAUAAACAAUUCGGUACUUUCAACCAUUUUAAUAACAAUAAUUAAUAAAUCUUCCUAGCCGUUUGUAGCCUCAACUAGCUUACAAAGACAAGCAGAGGUGGGAAGUGUGGGAGAAUCAGAAAAAGAGGGAGCGUGUUUAAACUACAACUUUUUUUCUCAGUCUCUUCAGAUUUUCUGCCUUUUUCUUUCACCUUUUUGUCAUUGAUUUGAUUUUAUGAAUUCAAUAAUUUGUGUUCUUAACUCCAAGAACUCUGUUAUUGCUGAUUUGGUGUUGAAAUUCCAGAGAGUUUAUUCCUAAAUUACUCAAAAAUUUGGAAAGAGAAAGAAACCUAGAGAGAGAAAAAUGGGGUGCAUGAAUUUGAAUUUGGCCCAUCAGCAGUGGACAGUAGUAGUCUGCUUGAUGAUGACCUUAACGGUGUCGUUUUGUGAUGGAUAUACUGAUCCCCGUGAUGUUUUUGCAAUAAAUAGUUUAUAUGCUGCAUUGGGAAGUCCUUCAUUACCUGGAUGGAUUCCACUUGGUGGAGACCCUUGUGAGGAAGCUUGGCAAGGUGUACUUUGUGUCAAUUCAAACAUUACUGGAAUAUCACUAAACAAUGCUGGUCUUGGAGGAGAAUUGGGUACUAGUUUGGACUCAUUUUCUGCAAUUAUAUCUAUAAACCUCAGUGGCAAUCACAUUGGAGGUACCAUUCCUGCCAAUUUGCCUCCAACAAUGAAGACCUUGUUCCUUUCUGAUAAUCAGCUUACCGGAGGCAUUCCUGACUUGUCUAUAUUAAGUCAGUUGACAGAUCUGUCGCUAAACAAGAAUAAUUUGACUGGGGGACUACCUGAUAGCUUUCAGCAACUUUCGGGUUUAAUAAACUUGGAUCUCUCUGAGAACAACAUUAGUGGUACUUUGCCACCAUCAAUGGGGAAUUUGUCUUCCCUUACAACACUCCAUUUGCAGAAUAAUGAGCUCACAGGACUCCUCGAUGUUAUACAAAACCUUCCCUUAACUGACUUAGAUGUAGAGAACAACCAAUUCUCCGGCCCUAUACCUCCCAGAUUGUUAACUAUUCCAAAUUUCAGAAGCACUGGAAACCCUUUCAAUACCAGUGUUCUUCCUCCACCUCCAGCAGGAUCCCCAACUUUAGCGCCUGCAACAAAUGCAUCUUUACCUGGACAGCCUUCUUCUCAACAAACACGCAAGCAGCCAGAAGAUAGCCCAUCAGCUCCCAGAACAUCAAAUUCCUCAAAUUCGACAAAGUACAUAAAGCCAAUAGUUAGUGCUGCUAUUGCUGUGUUGCUUCUUUUAGCUAUUGUGCUUGGAGUUUGGUUUGGUGUUGCAAAUUGGUGCAAGCGAAGGCAAACAGGUGAUGAAUUUACCAAGGGGAAUGUAAAACCUGUAUAUGAAGGGAAAGGAGAAAAACCUAAAUAUAAUGAGUCUUUACCUCAAAAACAUAAUCAAGCUGCUAAAGCGUUUCAAGAGAUACCUUUUAAGACCCCAAACGUGAGGGAUGUAGACCAAAAUCAGGUGAAAGAUGUAAAAGAAGUUGCCAUGAGUAAAGAUGCUCAUUCCAUAGACAUGACAGGGACAACUGCCAGUUCUUUUUCAGCACAACCAGUGCCACCUCCUCGACACUAUUCUAACGAGAACAUCAUUUUGAAACCAAUAAUGCCUACAUUUGUGACUAAACCACAGAAAUCCACCUUUCCAAGCUCUGUGAAGUCUUUCACUAUUGCUUCACUUCAACAAUACACCAAUAGCUUUUCUGAAGAUAAUCUUAUUGGUGAAGGCAUGAUAGGCAGUGUUUACAGGGCUGAACUUCCUGAUGGAAAGGUCUUUGCAGUGAAGAAAUUCAACAAUGACUCUUACAGCCAGCAGACUGAAGACGAAUUUGCUCAGCUAAUUUCUAUUAUCUCUAAUAUUCAUCAUGAAAGAAUUGUCAAUCUUGUUGGAUACUGUGCUGAGCACGGGCAAAGACUGAUCAUCAAUGAAUACUGCAACAAUGCUACAUUGUAUGAGGCACUGCAUCUUGAUGAUGAGAUUCAUAAUAAACUUUCGUGGAAUGCACGUAUCAGAAUUGCACUUGGAGCUGCAAAAGCCCUCGAAUAUUUACAUGAGGAUUGUCAACCCCCUGUUGUACAUAUGAACUUCAAAUCCGCCAAUAUUCAUCUUGAUGAUAACUUUGAGCCUCUAAUCUCAGACUGUGGCCUAGGGUCUCUGCUAUCAGAUACUUUUACAGCUCAGGUUUCUGGUGGAUAUGGUGCUCCAGAACUGGAGCUAGGAACAUAUACUCAACAAAGUGAUGUUUUCAGCUUCGGGGUAGUCAUGCUAGAGCUUCUGACUGGCAGAAAAUCAUACGACAGUGCACGACCUCGAGGAGAGCAAUUUCUUGUGAGGUGGGCAAUUCCUCAGCUGCAUGACAUAGAUGCGUUAUCAAAGAUGGUAGAUCCUUCACUGAAUGGAUCGUAUCCCUCUAAAUCGUUAUCCCGUUUUGCAGAUAUUAUUUCCCUCUGUGUUCAGGCCGAACCAGAAUUCAGGCCUCCUAUGUCAGAAAUAGUGCAGGACCUCUUAAACAUGAUUCAAAGAGAGUCUUGACCUUAAGAUAUUGGAUGCAAAUUUCGAAUUAUCUGAAGCCAUGCCAAUCAAUUCAAUGUUGGUGAAUCUUGUUCAAGGAAAGAAAAUUUCUUAGCUUGCAAAGUGAGCUAGCAAUGUAACAUAAGCUAACAUGUGAUCAUUAUUAGUUUGUAAUGACCAAGGCUUACUACAUAGGGGAAGUUAGGGAAUUUUCGGGUAGUUCAGCUAGUUUUGCUGGUGUUUGCUCAUUACACUGAUGGGCAUUCUAGGAGUGUAUGUUGUAUUUUUAAGGGUAUGGUCUCCUCUUUUCUAGAGGUGUGGUGUAAUAUUAUUGUCAUUUUUUUAUGCUGAUUAAAUUCAAUUAUUGGACGAAAGUUCGAUUCUUUAUCAAGGAUUGUUAAUCCUACUUGUUCAA